AUGGAGACAACCAAGAUCUUUAGCACAGAUGAGCUUAAAAAGGCCACCAACAACUACGAUGAGAGUAAAGUCCUCGGCAAAGGAGGCUAUGGAACUGUUUACAAAUGUCUAUUACCUAAUAACAAAGUGGUUGCAAUUAAAAAGUCCAAAAUUUGUGAUCAGAAUCAAAUUGAGCAGUUCAUAAAUGAGGUGAUUGUGCUUACCCAAGUCAACCAUAGGAAUGUUGUCAAGCUAUUAAGUUGUUGUCUUGAAACAGAAGUGCCCUUACUAGUUUAUGAAUUCAUCACAAAUGGGACUCUUUUUGACCACAUUCAUGAUGAAAGUCGUGCAUAUUCACUUUCAUGGGAAAAGCGUAUGAAGAUAGCAGUAGAAACCGCAAGAGCCCUUUCAUACCUUCAUGCUGAAAUUUCUAUGCCAAUUAUACAUAGAGAUGUGAAAAGUAUAAAUAUACUUUUAGAUGAUAACCACAUAGCAAAAGUGGCCGACUUUGGAGCUUCACUGUUGGUUGCUCUUGAAAAAACACAAAUAACCACUUUGGUGCAAGGAACUCUUGGGUACUUAGACCCUGAGUACUUCCAUACUAGCCAACUAACAGAAAAAAGUGAUGUGUACAGCUUUGGAGUCGUGUUGGCAGAGCUAUUGAUAGGUGAAAAGGGAAUUUCUUCACUUAGACCUGAAACUUAUAAAAACCCAGCAAUCUACUUUGCUUCUGCAGUUAACGAGGAUCGUCUACUUCAAAUUCUUGAGGAUCACAUUGUCAAAGACAGUAAUAUUGAGGUAUUAAAGGAAGUUGCUAGUCUUGCAAUAAGGUGCUUAAGUGUAAGAAAGGAGGAUAGACCCACUAUGACUGAAGUGGCCAUGAAGCUAGAGGGAUUGCGAAAUAUGGAAAAGCAUCCAUGGGGACAGGAUAAUGAAACUGAAGAAGAGAUGGUCUACAUGCUAAGUACACCCACACACUCUUUCAAAAUCGAUAUGCUCAUUAGUUCUACCAAUGCAACUAUUGGACAAGAUAGCAAAAUUCGAAACCUUCUGUUGAAACCACUGGAUGAUGGCUGA